CCGUGUCCCGAGAUCUCCAGCAGCUUCAUAAGGGGCCGCAUGCUACCCCAGGACGAGCUCUCCCCGGCGCACACCCCCAGCUUCUUGGACAGCCACAGAUUUCUUGCCCAGGGGUGUUCCUUCCUGACAAACAAGAUGUGUACCUUGGCGUGUACCUCCUCAAUCAGUACCUGGAGACGGACUGCUUUCCCUCUGUGUUCCCUAUUCUGGUUCAGCAGAGCAUGAGGUUUGAAAAGGUAUUUGAAAAUGCAAUAGAUCCUGGGGCUGUAGCAGACAUUUUAGAAAGCUUCCUAACCAGGUUUGAAUUAAUACAGCUAGUACCUCCAGUGUGGGAGGAGUUGGCCUGCUAUGAAGAAAACACACGGGAUUUCCUUUUCCCUGAACCCAAGCUGACACCUUCGCUCCCUGGGAUGUGCCGGGAGGUGCUCAUGAAGACGAUCGAGGGGUUUCCAGGCAUUGCUCCCAAAAUAGAGUUUUCUACAAGGACAGCCAUCAGAGAACGUGUGUUUCUUCAAAGAAACAGAUUUCCUGAAGAAAGAUAUAAUAACUCAGGAAGGCCUUUAUCUGCAACAGAUGGACCCAAACUCCCCUUAAAUAAUACGAAGAGGAAGCCAAAGGACAGUAAUCUCAACAGACUGCCCCAAAGCGUGCAAACCCGCGCACCCUCUCCCGUGUCCGCCCGACGCUGCUUUCACGACCAGCCUGCUCAGCUGAACCUUGGAAAUAACAUCAGGCUCUCCGGGGGAAGCAAACCUCCAUUUGUAGUGAGACACGUGGACAGUGCAAAGCCUUUUGGCGAGAAUAUUUCAGAGUAUCAGUCCCGAAAGUCGAGAAGAAAACUUAAGUUUUCAAACUUGCCUUUUCCGGGGAGAAGAGCUGCUUCUCUUGACAGCCUUGCCGCUAACGUAAAGAUUAUCAAAGAGCCAGAUGAACGGAUUGUUUUAAGGAAAGAAUCAUCGUCACCUUUCGACUCGAGUAAGUUCGAAAAACCCUCGCCCAGUUACAGUAACCAAGGGGAUGCCGAUUUCCUCGGGGAAGCUUCGUUCACCACCUCCCAGCAUUCCAGAUCCGCCAGCCCUCCUCGGGAUGAGCCCCUUGUCUGCGACGAAAGGUUCCACCCUUGCUCUCAGUCCUCCUGGAGGAAGAUCCACGAAAGGGUAUGCAGUCUCCUGACAUCCCACAGAGCUCAGCAAAACCUGCACAAGGAAUAUUCUGUCUCUGGAGCAAAGUAUAUCAUUGAGAGACCAAGCUACCUGGUGAAGGGAUACCCGCGUGUGAAACUUCCAGCUGCACAAGGGAACCCAAAGGAGAGCAGGAGGAGCGUCGUGGACAACUCACUCAGGGAGCCAACUGACUCGUCCUCAGAGAAAGGAACAACAGCUUUUGUUACGAAUCACCAGUGUCUCACCCCUUUCAAAUCAAACCCUGUACUCAGUCAUUUGUGCCCAGAUCUUACAGGAGCUAGAGGGAGCUACUAUGUAGAGGGAUAACCUGAAAAAUCCUCUAGGAAAAGGCUGACAACCUGAUUUUCUUUUCGGUAAAUCUGUUUUUUGGGUUGGUUUGUUUUUUAGUGUUAGGCUUGAUUUACGCAAAGUCCACUGACAACUUAGGAAGGGGGAGCCUUACAUCUGGAGAGCUCAGAUCUUGCUCUAAAUAUUCCCCGUCUAGGAUGCAUUUGUAAGGGGAGCCUGGUUUCUUCGGACUGUAGUUUAAACCACUCCUCUGUCACCCGCCCCCGCCCCUUUUCCAGCCGUGCUUAGUACGUUUAUAAGAGGAACAAAACCUUUCUCAAAUAUUUCUCUGAAAGAGCUACUUUAAGUAAAUAUACUCUGCAAACAUGACUGCCAAAACCAGAUUUAAAAUGAGCUAGAAGGCACCUGGGGACACGUUCACACAGACUGAGGGAGCAGGAGGAGGAGGACGGGCCGCGACACGUGGGGCUGGAGACGCGUUUGUCUCUGUGCGGACAGGCCCAGAGCCAGGGGGCCUGAAAACGGGAGCCUUGGUCUUUCCUUCGCGUUGUGACCCGGCAUUUUCCUCUGCCGUACCCUACGUCCUUUUUUAGUUUUUAAAGGAUUCAGUGAGAGUCAAAUUUCCUUCUCUCAUUAGGACCACAGUAAUCGGUUUGUGAGGUAAAUGAGGAAUACAACAUUAAUAAAUAAAGGAGGAAAAAAAACCCCAAAACAAUAAAACAAAGUUCACUUACUCUCUUCUCAAUUUCCAGCCACACAGUAAAGGUGUGUGUGUGAUAACAGGGAUUUCAUCCACUUUGGAAAACAGACAAAUGCUUGAUUACACCUGCUUGUCUGUUCGGGGGUGUCUGAGACUACAGUUGUCCAUUAUUUUGAUGUCUAGUCAUCAUUAAAAAUAAAAAAAAUACUGUGUUAUGUGAAGGCUAUGACCUGAGGCCCAGAAAAGAACGUCUUACAAAGGACAUAAGCAGCUCGAGGAAGCCCAUUCCAGUGGGUUGGCGUCCCGGGUCAGUCGGCUCCAGCAGGUGCUGGCACGGUGGCUCUGCAGGUUUUCUGAAAUGGUUUGAGUCUAACUCCUCAAUUCAGUUUAGGUAUCAGAUCUUAAAUGCCCAUACUUAUUUAAAGUCUUUUUUUUUUUUUCUGUUCUGCAAAUCAAUCUUCUUUUACUUUCUGAUCAGUUAGCUCUAUUGUUUAUUCUUAUUUUACCUUUCUUCUGUCUCAAGGAGUUAUUUCCAUUUUGAGCAAUCACCUUGGGGCCAGGAUUGCAGUUGAGGUAUUUUACUUUUGGGGUAUAUAAGAAUGAAUAAUUUUGUGAGGGAUUGGGAUUCCUUUGGGAAGAUCUGUGUCAUUAAACAUG